AUGUCGACCUCUGAUCUCUUGACCAAACUUGUACUUCAUGAAAAGCAGAUUGUCACAUAUCGCACCUUGUCCCGCCAGCAGGCGAUCCAUGUGAACCAAGCCAAAACUGCACUUGCGGAGUUCUAUCACUCCGCUAAAGAUAACAACUCCUCUGCCAUCCAUGCGACAUUUAUUGUAACGGGUCUAGCACGACCCAAAUCAAAGUCGACAAAUGGCGCAAUGGACGAUACGAUGGACCUUGAUAUUCCAUCCUCCUCUCAGCCACAAGAGGCUGAUGUGACAGAAUUGGGAACGGACAAGGUGGUGAUGUGUACAGAGGAGACAUUGGAGGCGACUAAAGCAGAUUUUGCGCGGGUGAGGACCAUACAUGUAUAUAGCUUGAGUGCUGCUCCGAUUAAGGAUGCAAGUACGUUGGCCACUGCUCAGGAUGCGGUACGUGCUACGGAUGCCGGCGCCUCUCAGGACCAAUUACGUGCGUUUGGAGUGGUCAUCGGCGACGUUUCGGUAACUGCAGCGAAAUCGAACACAAAAGGCAAGAGCAAGGCAGCGGUGCCUCCCUCCGCCCCUGCUGUGAAACCAGCCCCUGUGGAAAAGAAGCUAGAGGCUGAAGAGAAGAAGGUCGAGCCUGCAGGAAAGAAACCGGAUGCCCCCGAAAAGAAGAGUUCGAGCAGGAACGGAACGCUCAACUCUGGCGCUGCUAAGCCGAAGGAGGAGAUGAAGUCGGGUAAGGAGGCGACUCCUCCGGCAAAGGAAGUGAAGGUGAAGAAAGAGGAAGGGUCACAGAAACUCGGGCAGCAGCAAAAGACCGAAAUGUCGAGUUCUAGUCUCACACGGAAACGUGGGCUCCUUCAAUCAGAGGAUGAGGGAGACGCGCCCGUUGUGAAACCCAGCGGCUCGAGGUCCAACAGCACGGCUAAGCCUAAAUCUAAGCAACGGCUUCCUGUCAAGCAAGAGGAGGAACAGGAUGAAGGUACUUCUGCCCGCCGUAGGACCAAGAAGACGGAUUCAAGAGCUCCAAAAGCACAAACCGCCGUUGAAGCAAGCUUGGCGGCGAUGUUCGACGAGUCUAGUGACGUGGAAAUGAAGCCUACCGCACCUGAGCCUGCCGUACCUGAGCCUGCAGCAAAGGAAGAGCGGAUGGAGGCUGCGUUUGAAGACGAUGAACGACCGGAAGAGGAACCGGACGAAUCGGAAGCUCAUGUUAUCGACAAACCCCAAAGGAAGCGUCGCGCGAAGCCGAAACCCGCGGAAGGAGCCAUUCUUAUGAAAGAUGGCAGGAAGAAGAGACGCGUUGUUAAAAGCCGGAUGACAACGGACGAGAAAGGCUACAUGGGGAUGGAGGACUACUCAGAGUACGAAACAGUAUCCGAAUCAGAAGAGUUGACGGUACCGGAGAAGGCAAGGAAGUCAACAGCGAAAAAGGAAGCGAAGCCGAAGGAGACAGUGAAAGAAGAGGUGCCGAAGCCGAAACCAAAACCAAAACCAACCACAAAAUCCGGUGGGAAGGCCGGAGGCAAGUUGAGCGAUUACUUCGCAAAGAAGUAA